AAGAAAAGAAAAGUUUGGUGAAAAAAGGAAAAUAAUUAAAUUGAGGCAUUAAAAAGUGAAAUAAACUAUAAUUAAAGUGAUUAGUGAAUUGUUAAAAGACUAAAGAACAGUUUAAAGUUAAAGUUUUAUGUUGAAAUCGACUUUAUUGAGUAAAAUUCGUAAAAUUGAACUUUAUAAUGGACGAAAAAAUUAAUUUUAUAAGACAUUAUCAAAAUUCUAUAGAAAAAUCAAAAGACAAUUUAGAGCGAGUCUUGCAUUGUUUAAAGAAGCUGCAGAAUUUGCGAAUUAAUGUACAAGAUUUACAAGAAACAGGAAUCGGUAAAACUGUUAAUUCACUUCGAGAAAUAGACGGAGAAGUUGGUGAACUAGCAUCAGCACUCAUCACAAAGUGGAAGCAGUUAAUUAACACAAUGAAUGACGAGGAAGAACACAAGUUCGAACCCCCUCAUCCUCCACCGCGCGAGAAGAUCGAACCAAAGAAACCAGAAAAGUCGUCAUUAGAGAGUUCGAAUGGCACUAAAAAGAGUUCAAAAAGUUCAAGCUCUUCGUCAUCAAAUCAUCACCAUUCGAGCUCAUCGAAGCAAAAGCACACAAAUCAUUUAAGUUCAACAAAUAAUCACCAAUCUAGUUCGUCAAAUCACAAUCAUCAUUCGAGUUCGUCAAGUUCUAAUCACCAUCAUCACUCAGAUCAUAAACAUAAGGAGCAUAAGAAGAGCCCCGAUAGCAAAUCAUCGGAAAGUAAGCAUCACAAAAGUCAUCACACUUCCUCAUCCUCAUCAUCUAGUCAUAAGACAUCAAAUUCCCAUAAACGUAGUCGUGAGGAUGCCGAAUCCAAAGAGAAUGAAUCAAAAUCAAAAAAGGUGAAAAGUGACCAUGAAAAAAGUGAUAAAAAGUCUAAUGGCAGUAACGAUGUAAAGAAAUCGUCACCAACGAGCAAUGGAACUAGCAGUAAAUCGACGAAAAAAGAACAUAAAUCAUCGACAAAGCGUAAACAUACGGAAGUGGUAGAACAAGAGUUUGAUGGAGCUAGUGGAAUGGGAUUUGCUGAGGCACUAGGAAUGGCUGAUAUGCCUUCGUCGUCUUCAUCAACUAAGCGACCAAAGCAUGAUCAAUUCGCUGAUAAAAUAACAAUAACUAAGUCGAGUAGCUCAUCAAGCAAGUCAAAAUCGUCAUCUUCAUCAAGCAAGAAAGAAAAGGAAAAGGAUAAACCUUCAACAUCAUCAGCAUCAUCAAGUUCUCGUCCAUCAACAUCAAAAGCAGCUCAAAAUUAUACUCAAGCUCCGAAAUUGCUUACUCAAAAACCAAAAUUAGACUUAUUAUCUGAUAUAGCAAAUGAACUACCAAGUGACGUAUCAAUACCCGAAUAUCGACCAGUACCAUUAAACUCAGCUAUGAAGGAUUACAUUAAUCAGAAUUCUAAUGGAACAGCAAGUACAAGUCGUCAUACUCGUAAUUUAACUGAAAGUGAACUUCUCAUUGAAUCAUUCUCAUCGCAAAAGAGUCGUACACGAGUCUUUAGUGGAAAUUGUCGUGCUCGUUCAGAGAUUCCAAAGCUUUACGAAUUGUGCUUGCGAGUAUUGACCGAUAAUUUAGAUUAUGUUGAAUGUACUGGCGGGGUUCCAUUUGACAUUUUACGACCAGCUUUAGAAAAAGCAAAACCUGAUCAAUUAGCUAAUAUAGAAUAUUAUAAUCCCUACCUCCUUGACGACUCUGACAUUUUAUGGAAGCCUCAUUGUCAACGAACGUGGAAGAAUCGACAUCCAGCUGAAAUGGAGUCAUGGCGUGACAUGUACGAGCGCUGUAUUCGAGAAGAUGCAGAAAAGUUGACUCGAUUGACAAAAAAUAUUAAAGUAUCACAGGAUACUCUUUCAAGUAGUGUACAAAAAACUAAAAUGGCUUUUGUGGAUACGAUGGUUAAAGCACCGCGAGGCGUUGCUCGGAAGCAAGAACAAUUUGGUACAGCUAAUAAACCAGUUGUAAGUCCGGCAGCACGAGUUGAAUCUUUGAGGAAUGUUCAGCCUAAUCUGGCUGUUCGAGGCGAUGUUCGAUUACGAGUAGCAGCAGGUCUACGUGAUGAUGCACAGCAGCUUGGACGAGGAACCGUGCAACGUGCUAAUUUGGUAAAGAAGGCUCCUAUGAUGGCAAAAAUAUUGUCUAAAUUCAAGCGUUAAGUUUCUAAUUUUAAUAAUCUUUAAAUCUAUAUCCACAUAGGACAAGAAAAAUAAGAAUAAGAAGAAGAACAGAAAAUGAUUAUUUGACCUUAUGUCAUGAUGAGAUUUGAAAAUGAUAGUAAUAUAAGAAGUCAGAAGAAUAGGAAUACGGCACGAUUUAGAAAAGAUGUGCGAAAAAAAUGCAGUGAAGCAGUGUGAAGAAUUUAAUCACCACAAAUAUUUUUGAUUGUAUCUUUUUUUUGAGAAUUUUAUUUUAUAUGAAGUAUUGAAUUAUCCGUUAAAUGAAGGAAAUUCCUAGAAUUUAGUUUCAAAACGUAAUGAUUUUAAUUAUUUCUGACUCUAUAUUAGUUUUAAUCUCUUGACUGUCACGAAAUGACGAUGUUUUGUGACUUUAAGAUGUAAUUACGUAAGAAAAUUUGCCUGAAAAUUCACAGAUUUGCUUAAAAAUCAUGUUGAAAAUUAAGGACAUUCAAGAUGCACUCCGAUUCUUCCAUAUAUUCUCACUAAUCCUUUUGAAGUUGUGCUGACGGAACUGAAGUUAUAUUCAGAAUAUUCAAGAUGGUCAACAGCUAGUCCAGGAAUUCGAUAAACAUUGAAAGCAAGACCUUGUUUGCAUAAAGUAAGGUUAGCUAGUGCAUUUCUAGCUUGUAAAAUCUCUUACUUUCAGUUCUUUUGCAAGGAAAGAACACGAAUGGACACAAUCCUGAUUUUGUAUUUCAGAAAGCUGCAAGGGCUUCUAGAAACGUCUUUAUAAAAAAGCUGCAAAAGAUCCAAAGUUCUCAAUUAAAAUAAUCAUUUUCAGAUCUCACGAAAUAAGAAUUCAAAAACUUAAAUUCUAUUGUAGCUGUAAACUGUUUGGUAGACAAAGGAAAUGCUAAGAUUACAAACACGUUGUAUAUUUUUUCUUGUUUAAAUUGAAAAAUAGCAACAAAAUUAAAAUGCUAGAAAAAAAUGUUUAAAAUAAAUAAAACUAUCAAAGUAGAACUUGUUUAAAACCAC